AUGGCGUCCGUCUUGGUCGUCUCCCUGCCCCCAGCCGUGGUUAACAGACUGGCCUCCCCCGCGUCCUCCUUCCGCCGUCCGCUGCUGUCACGGGAGGGGGAAGUGAAACCGGAAAAGACACCAGGGUUCGGGCCGCCUGUCACUACCAAGCCCAGCAGUGCCUCCAGCCAGCGCCAGGGCCACCGCACCUGCCAGACCAUCCACGGGGUGCUGGGCUCCCCGCAGCCCGGGAAGCUCCCCGGGCGCCCUGCUGGGCCACCUCCUUCCCAUCCUGCAGGGCUUCUGGGAUCUUCUGCUACGAAGGAUGGGGGUGGGGGCUCCCUAGAGAAGUGGGACCCGCCCCUGCGUCUGCCCUUCAGUGCCCAGGGCCUGCAUGCCCCGACAUGCUCCCAGACAGGCCCUCGGGCAGGCGUGGGCCUGCUCACUGCCAAUCAGGUCACUGGGAAUCAGCAGCGGGUGAUGCAGGGGCAUCGGCCGCGCGCCCUGCGCCAGGAGCAUUGCCCGCUGGCCCUGGGCACGUGUGCUUCCAGAACGUUCUUACUGAUCUCAAGUAAAUGCUCGUCCUUCAUUUUUAGGCUGACGCAGCAAAAACACGGCCCCGGCAGCCACUGGCCCGCUCCGUGCCCGCCUGCCGGACUUCCGUGCGCUGGAGCCCACCGCCCAGCAGGCCGUCCUCUGGGAGUGGCGUCGGGCUCUGCGCCGUGGCUUCGGGGUUGGACCACGCGGCGCGAGUCAGAGCUUCGCUGCCUGCCGGGGCCGGGUGACCCUUCUCUCCCGAAGAGACGGCGGCCUCGCGAACAAACGUCGGAGCUCGUUAACGGCCGGUCUGCCGAGGAGCUGCAGGGGCUGGGCCCGCGUCUGCAGUCACCCGGAGCGGAGCCAGAGAACCAGGCGGCCGAGGCGUGGAGAGGGCGUGGGGCAGGGGCGGGGCGGGGGCAGCGCAGGCGCCGCGCGUCCGCGAGCGGCUCUUUCCGCUUGGCUGUGAGCUCGGGAGGCCUGCUGGGCGGCGAGGAGAAAAGCGCCUGCACAGCCCGCUGCAGCGGCCCUGCCGCCGGGCCCCUCUCCGCCCUCUCCGGGUCUAGGAGGAACACGUGGGCCUGCAGAAACCCGGAGCACCGCGCACCCCGUGCGUCAGUCGGACGUCACUCGAGGGGGCGGGGCCACGGCGGGAGGGGCGGGGCCACGGAGGGAGGGGCCGGGGCCCGGCGGCGGCCGCGGUGGUUUCCUGCGCGCAGCGCCGCGUCUUUAAGGCAGGCUCAGCCUCGCCCCUCCCUCCCGCCCGUCGGAGCCGCUCGCGGCCGCCGGGUGUCCUCGGAGGGCCGCCUCGGCUGCGUUGGCCUGCCGCCCCCUCAUCGUCGAACUUGUUAGGAGCGUCCCUGAUGGGACGCUUCGCUUCCUCCUUAAGCCGGAGGGGUGCGUGAGGCCCGUGGUACCCCGUGCGACCGUCUGUGCCCUUCGGGUUCGAAGGACUUGAUCCUGUUUAAGCUUCGGAGCCCUGCGGCGUGCGGGGGACGACAGCGUGGCCCUCCAGGUGGGGAGGCAGAAGCAGCCAGCCCGUGGGUGGCAGGCCCGGUCGGAUGUGCGCUGCCGAAGCCCAGAAGAGCUGUGAAACGCGCCCAGUCGUGCCCCGGCUGGGCGGCUCCGUGGACUGAGCGCCGGCCUGCAGACUGUCUCCGGCUCAGUCCGGGUCGGGGCGCACAGGCCUGGGUUGCGGCUGGUCCCCGGCAGGGGGCGCGCGCGAGGCAGCCACGCAUCGAGGUUUCUCUCCCUCUUUCUCCCUCCC